CCCCCGCCCCCCCCUCUCUCUAUCUCUCUCACUCUCUCUCUGAACUACUCUCGCCGUCGACCCAUCCGCCGCUGCCUCCGCCUCCUAUUGUCGCCGCUGCUUCCGCCUCCGUUCGCCGCCGCCGCCGCCGCUUCUGCCUCCCGCCGCCGCCGCCGCCAGCUCGAUCGGGCUCCGCCUCCACCUCCACCUCCGCCGCUGCCAGGUCCGCCUCCGCCUUCACCGCUGCGAUAUCCGCCUCCGCCGCCUCAAAGUUGACUGGAAAGAAGCUGAAAAGAGACAAACAUUGGAGAACCGAGGACAUGGAGAGUACAGAGAGAUUAUUGAAGGGGAUUUCGUAGGUGAAGUCACUAGGAGUGAAAAAGUAAUAUGUCACUUCUACCAUUGGGAAUUCUAUCGGUGCAAGUAAUUUCUUCACAGUUCCCCCUCCUGUUUGCACAUUGCUCAAGGGUAUGCUUUAGGUGAUUCAGGCAUUGAGAAUGAAGCUGAAGGUUGUAUUGAGAAAAGCAUAUGAUUAUGUUCGCUAUGAUCUCAAAGAAAUUGCCUUCCCUUCAUCUUUGCCUGAUCCACCUCACAUCAAAAAGCGUCGGAAAUUAACUUGGGAAGAGCGAUAUCUUGUGCUGAAAGAAGCAUCAAGACUUUAUGCUGCUAGCUGGGUAAGAGAUAUUGGCCCUGAUCUUCGGCCAAAUGAUUAUAAAAAGUAUGAUGAUGGUGAAGAAAAGCCUAAUGAAGUAAAUGGUGCAACUAAAGAGAAAGAACCCUCCACAUUGGAGGAUCUUGCCAUUGCUGCCAGAGGGGGGAUGGAGACUCUUAAGCCCGCAUUGCAGAGGGUGUACAUGACUAGAGCUUCUGCAUAUAGAGAUGCACUGAAAAGCUUCAUAGAAGGGUAUAAAGAAGGUGUACAACAAGUCAUGGAGAAGAAAGAAAAUUCUGGAACUCAAGGAGAAGAGGAUAGCCCAAAAAAAUCAACUUGAUCUGACACAAAUCAAGCUGCUUUUUUGCAAUGCUUUCUGUAGAAAAGAAGAUGAAAGGAAGGGGGAGAGGCCGACCCCAAGAACUCCAACUUGCAAAAGAACCCACAAGAGAAAAAGGUCUGAUGGGGAAGAAAUUAAAAUGUGUACACUGUGCUUGGGGGAGGAAACACACAUUGUAUAGUAGCAAAGCAAACACAUUGUAGAGGUGAAGUCCCGUCAGCCGUUUCAUUGGUCACUAUAAAUUGUGUGUGUGUGUGAGGCCUGGGGACCCUCCCCACUUGCAGAAUUCCACUGAGCAUUGGGCAGCCACCGGGGGUCAACUGCUGGGGCUAUCUCCCGUCUUAAUCGCUAUGGGCCUUCCCCUAAUUCUCUCAUCAACAUCAAACUGUAUAUUUGGCUCUUUACUGAAGUAUUCCAUCCCUUUUUCCACAACUCUUGCUAUAUUCAACUACUUACUGUACUAAAAUCUGGUUCCUUUUCUACUUUUUAUGAUAUUGGCAUUUUGUUAA